AAGUCUGCAGAGUUCAUGAGGAGAUUUUUGAAUUCCGACACUGGCUGAAACACAAUGCCCACCCCCACCCUUUGCUCUGGAAAGUUGUAAAUUGCUCAUGUCUAUAAAGAGGAAGCAUGGCUCAUGGAAUUCCUUCACAAGGCAAAGUUACCAUCACAGUGGAUGAAUACAGCUCAAAUCCAACCCAGGCGUUCACACAUUACAAUAUUAACCAGAGCAGGUUCCAGCCUCCACAUGUACAUAUGGUCGACCCUAUUCCAUACGACACCCCGAAACCAGCAGGACACACACGAUUUGUCUGCAUCUCAGACACACACUCCAGAACAGAUGGGAUCCAGAUGCCUUAUGGGGACAUCUUGCUUCACACAGGCGAUUUCACUGAGUUGGGGCUGCCCUCUGAGGUUAAGAAGUUUAAUGACUGGUUAGGAAACCUGCCAUAUGAAUAUAAAAUAGUGAUUGCUGGAAAUCAUGAACUGACAUUUGAUAAAGAAUUCAUGGCAGACCUUGUUAAACAGGAUUACUACCGGUUUCCCUCUGUAUCCAAAUUGAAACCAGAGGAUUUUGACAAUGUUCAGUCACUUCUGACCAAUAGUAUUUACUUGCAAGACUCUGAGGUAACCGUCAAAGGAUUCCGGAUAUAUGGCGCCCCUUGGACACCGUGGUUUAAUGGAUGGGGCUUUAACUUACCCAGAGGUCAAUCUUUGCUGGACAAAUGGAACCUUAUUCCUGAAGGUAUUGAUAUAUUAAUGACCCAUGGACCUCCUCUUGGUUUUCGAGACUGGGUUCCAAAGGAGCUGCAGAGAGUUGGCUGUGUGGAACUGUUAAACACAGUACAGAGGCGAGUAAGACCCAAGCUCCAUGUCUUUGGAGGAAUCCAUGAAGGUUACGGCAUUAUGACAGACGGUUACACAACGUACAUUAAUGCCUCAACAUGUACAGUCAGCUUUCAACCAACCAACCCGCCAAUUAUAUUUGACCUUCCAACCCCGCAAGGAUCAUGAAGCACUACUGCAGUGGGGGGGAAAGGUCCAUAAACUGCCAUUUUUCUAAUUAAAAAAAAAAAUCCAUUAUCUUAACAUGUUUCUUUACAAAUGAUGUGGGGCUUUUUUUGUAAAUUGUUGGUACAAAAAGAGAAGAUAGAGGUUGUGCUUUUUUUUUCUUUUCGAAAUGCAGCAUCCAUUUGAAAUCGAUAAAGCAUUGUGAAUUUGUAAAAUGAAGUUUUAUGUUUUCUUAAUGAACUUGCCAUUGUAAAUUGUUCGUGUUCUCAAAAGGACAGCCAAGCUUUCUUUUAAUGAGUGAGACACCUUAUUUUAAUAUUAUUAAAUAAGCUUAAAAAGGCAGUGUGUU